AUGACUAGCUUGAAUCUCAUUUACAACAAUGCCCAGCCCAUUGGCUCUGACGGCGACAAUGACAACUGUAAGCCACGUAAAUCGCGUCGUACUGUUGAACCUAUCGAUUGGGGAUCUGCCAACAUGACAACUUUGGGGCCUGAAAACAAGCGACAAAGAAAGUCAAUAUUGAAGGAUGACAAGCGGAUCGCUAUGGAGGAAAUGAUACCUGUGGAGGAGGAUACUAUCGAGCAAAAGUGCUUUCACUGGGAAAUCGACGGUUGGAGCAAUUUACCGCACGAGGCGCGUGGACCUGUGUUUGAAGCAGGUGGUCAUCAAUGGAAUCUUCUCUUAUUUCCUCGAGGCAAUCAGGGUUUCGUUUCUCGUGUAUCCGUGUAUCUCGAAUUGACCAAAGCCAAAGAAGCCUGUUGUCCCAAUCAACAUGCAUGCGCUCAAUAUGUCAUUCUUGUAUCAUCCAUGUCCGACCCAACCAACUAUUAUUGCAAAUCGGGUCAGGGUCGUUUCUCGAGUUACUCCAAGGAUUGGGGAUUCAACGACUUUUUAUCCCAUGAAAAUCUGCUCUCUUUCAAACACGAUAAUGAACAUGUACCAGUACCAUUCUUGGAAAACGACCGUAUCCGCUUUUCGGUCAUUGUCAAUGUGGUGCGUGAUCCAACGGGUAUAUCAUGGAUGUCAGACUUUGAAAACCACGAUUCAAGCGACCAUAUAGGAUUUGUGGGUUUGAGGAACCAAGGUGCCACUUGCUACAUGAAUUCGCUCUUCCAAUCGCUCUAUUGCACCAAUGCAUUUCGCAAAGCUGUCUAUCAAAUCCCAACCGAGAAUGACGAUCCCAUGGAUAGCAUUGCUCUAUCGAUGCAACGUCUCUUUCACAAUCUUCAAUUCUCAAAUAGCGCCGUAGACACUGUGGAAGUGACAAAGUCCUUUAAAUGGGAUUCAUUUGACACGUCGAUACAACAAGAUGUUCAAGAGUUCAACCGCCUUCUUCAAGACAAAUUGGAAGAAAAGAUGGUGGGUACUCUCGCGGAUGGUGCUAUCCGAAGACUUUUUGCCGGGCGGAUGACAAACUAUAUCAGAUGCAUCAAUGUUGAUUAUCAGUCGAAUCAUUCGGAAGACUAUUAUGAUAUACAAUUGAACGUCAAAGGAUGCAAGGACCUGGAAGAGUCUUUCAAUGAUUAUAUGGCUGAGGAAAUAAUGGAUGGUGACAACAAGUACAUGGCGGGAGACUAUGGAUUACAAGAUGCAAAGAAAAGAGUGACCUUUGAAUCUUUUCCACCUGUGCUCUACCUGCAACUCAAACGAUUCGAGCAUGAUAAGAGACUGGAUGCCAUGGUCAAGAUCAACAAUCGGCAUGAAUUUCCUCUCAAGAUCGACUUGGAACCUUAUUUGUCUCCAGAUGCAGAUCGAUCAUCGUCACAUACUUAUGCAUUACACGGCGUGCUUGUGCAUUCUGGGAAUGUGAACAGUGGUCACUACUUUGCAUUCAUAAAACCAACCAAGAAUGAGACAUGGCUAGAAUUUGACGACGAACGCGUUACACGUGUUACGCUCGAUCAUGUCUUUGAAAACAGUUAUGGAAAACAUGCAUCAAUUGGCCGUUUAAAUUCUCAGAGUUUUCAACGAUCUUCCAAUGCGUAUAUGCUGGUUUACAUCCGUGAAUGCAUGAUGGACGAUAUAUUGGACGCGGUUGACAACUGUGACAUACCGCAGCAUCUAUGGAAACGAUUGAAAGGAGGGGACAUGCGAUGGCUUGAAGCACAAACAAGACGAGAAACUCAACAAAUCUACUUGAACGCAAAGGUUUAUCCGUCAUCUUCGUUCCUCAUGAAUAAGCAGUAUGGAAUCAUCAAUGAAUGUCAGCCUGAUCCUAUGGCAAUGUCCGUGUCGGUACCAAAGAACGAGGCGUACCAUGACUUUAAGGACAACAUUGCUAAGAGAUACCGUUUACCUCCUUCAAAAAUCAAGCUGUGGUCGCUGAUUACUCGACGCAACAAGACGUUUCGUCCCGAGAGAUGCAUUGAUAAUAUAGCCAACAACAAUACCAGGUUGGAAGAAUUGAUGCAAUACAUGACUGGUGAUUCUCUUUCUCUUUAUGUCGAAUUUACUGAGGAGUUUGAUCUCGCGCCUAGUUCGAUUACAUACCCGUGGCUGUACACCAUGACCGAUGACGAUGACGAAGAAGAUCAGGAUGAUGAUAUUAUCGAUUUCUCAAAGGACAUUCUCUCCACCCAACCAAAGGAAGACAACCGUAUGCUUCUAUUCAUCAAAAGAUUUGAUCCUGAAAGCCAAGAAAUACACGCUCGAGGCACCAUGCACGCUUACAAGCAUCGAAAGAUUGAGUCUGUCUUGGAUUGCAUACGAUGUUUGACGCAUUUCUCUUCUACUAUACCUCUGGCUCUUUAUAAGGAGGAGUCUCCGUAUACUAUCAAUGCACUUCAGAUCGAAUCCACUUUUGAAGAAUCUGGUAUUGAAACGGGAGAUAUCAUUUGUGUGCAAAAGCAAUUAUCAGAACAAGAUACUGGGAAUAUGCGAGAAAAAGGGUUACACCCUACGGCCCGGGAAUACAUUGCCUAUCUUGCGUUCCAGGUCGAUGUCUCAAUUGCCUCUUUAUACAAGACGACUCUUCGGGAGAAGUAUUGA